AUGGUGAGAAUCAGGGUCGCAGAGCCCGUGCAUGCAAGAGAUAAGUCGGGGCAGCCGCCGUCUAGCGACGAUGGAUCAACCUUGGGGCCAGCCUUUCCCGAGUCACUCUCGAUGGCACGAUCUCAUCAUGAAGAUAUCCACGAGAGUAUUCACAAUAUUCGCUCCCAUUCCAGGCUACCGGAGCGGAUCAGUAACAGGAUGCCGAUCGCCGAGCAACCAGACGAUGAUCCAGGUUUGCGACUCCCGGGCGACUAUAAGCAGAAACAGGUAUUCAAAGGCAAGGUGCUGUUGUGGUUGGCAUAUCAAUCCGUGGGCGUGAUUUAUGGCGACAUUGGCACCAGUCCCCUCUACGUCUACUCGUCGACAUUUUCGUCCCCCCCUUCUCGGCAAAAUCUAUUGGGCGUCCUCUCCAUCAUUAUAUGGAGCCUAUUCAUGAUGGUGACUGUCAAGUAUGUACUGGUGAUCCUUCGAGCCGACAAUGACGGCGAAGGUGGCACUUUCAGUACCUAUUCCCUCCUCAGUCGCUAUGCAAGUGCUCCUCAACGAUCUCUCCCUCGUGACAAUCGAAGACUGACUGACUCACAGAUGAACAUCACCCAUCGUGACCCGAGAGAGGCUUCGUUAGUUCAGAUGAAACGGUUCUUGUCCGGUGACCUGGAGCGCGCUGGACAGAAGGUGCGCCGAAGCUUGGAAUCCAGUCAGUUCGCGCGAGGGCUGCUGAAAGUGAUCGGAGUGCUAGCCGUCACCAUGGUGCUAGCUGAUGGCCUGCUCACUCCAGCCCAGUCCGUUCUCGGAGCCGUUCAAGGCAUUGAGGUUGUGCAUCCAAGUAUAUCGAAGGGCACAGUCAUCGGUGUCACUGAUGCCAUUCUCAUCGGGCUGUUUUGUAUUCAGCCGCUGGGAAUCACGAAACUGUCCUUUGCAUUUUCACCGAUUGUGAUUACCUGGCUCGGGUUUAACGCGGCAUUUGGGAUUUAUAACCUCACCAAAUAUGAUGCUGGGGUUUUCCAGGCUUUUAAUCCUGGCCUCGCGUUCGAAUUCUUGAUCCGUAAUAAGACGGACGGAUGGAGGAUGCUGGGUGGGACUUUGCUCGCCUUCACGGGCGUGGAAGCCCUCUUUGCAGAUCUGGGUGCCUUCAGCCGAAGAGCGAUUCAGAUCAGCUGGCUGUGUUACACGCUUCCAUGCCUUUUAUUAGCAUACAUUGGCCAGGCAGCAUAUAUCAGCGUUCACCCAGAGGCAUAUUCGAAUCCCUUUUUCAACGCGGCUCCACCUGGAACAAUCUAUCCAGCCUUGGUCAUCGCCAUUCUGGCUGCCAUUGUUGCUUCGCAAGCCAUCAUCACUGCAACCUUCCAGCUUCUUGCACAAGUGAUGAAGUUUUCCUAUUUUCCUCAAAUCAAAGUGAUCCACACUUCUCGGAUAUUUCACGGGCAGCUGUUCAUUCCAGUGGCGAAUUGGCUCCUAAUGAUUGGAACCAUCUUGAUCGCAUCAAUCUAUAACAAUACAACGUCCCUGGGUAAUGCGUACGGCGUCUGCGUCAUGUUCGUGACAUUUUUCGACACCUGCAUGGUAUCUCUGGCUGCAAUGUUCGUCUGGCGAAUCAGCCCAUACCUUGUCGUCCUCCCAUGGCUCUCCAUGGCCUGCCUAGACGGGGCCUGGUUCACCAUCACACUCGCUGCGAUCCUUGCCAUGCUCUUUCUAUUGUGGCGUUACGGCAAAGAACAACAAUGGUUCGCCGAAGCUGAAGACCGCUUCCCCACAUCACACUUCGUCGUAUCCAAUCCUGAUGGCCAAAUGUUUCUGUCCAAACGAUACGGUGACCUUCCAGUCAGUACUACACGUGGCCUUGGGAUAUUCUUCGACAAAGCAGGCGAGACGACCCCGAUCGUGUUCAGCCAGUUUGUGCUCAAGCUCACCUCUUUGCCUGAGGUGAUUGUGUUCUUUCACCUCCGCCCCCUGGAGCAGCCUUCGAUCGCCCCGGAGAACCAAUUCACCGUGUCACGUUUAGCUAUUCCGAAUUGUUACCGACUAGUUGUUCGCUACGGAUAUAAUGACGAGAUAAUCACACCCAACCUGGCGAGCGUGAUCGUUGGCCAGGUCCGGAACUAUCUGAUGUCGAAGAGGGCGAACGUGCCCUUGGACGAAGAGAACGAGGGAAAGGAAUCGGUGACCGCUGGCAGCUCCACGGUGGAGGGCAGCAGAGAAGCCCGCGCCUCUUCCGACUCUGACAUUGCCCAUCUGGAAGCAGCUUAUGCACACAAAGUGCUCUACAUCGUAGGGAAAGAGCAGAUGAAAAUUAACCCCAGCACAGCGCGCAUUCGAAAGGCCUUGCUACACGUCUUUCUAUGGAUUCGGGAUAACACGAGGAAUAAGAUGGCUAACCUCCGACUCCCCACGGAUAGAUUGAUUGAAGUUGGAUUUCUUAAAGAGAUAUAA